AUGGCGACAAUCAACCCAGAGCAUGUGCGCCUCGCACAGUCGCUGCCCCCGCGACUCCUCAACUUCUUCAAGCGCUACCCUCCGCCCGCUCUUUCCCAAUCUACCACCCUCGUCGCCAACACUUCUUCGGCCGAUGCAAAUGCAAACACUCCUACCUCGAUCUCAGAAAAUGCCGUCUCUGCAUCGACUUUACAACCAGAAAACCCUUUCAUGCCAUUCAAGAACCCCAUCACUCAAAGGUGGCAGCCCGCCUCAUUCUCUCUUCGCAAGCAAUCCGAAAUUAUCAAGCUCGCCAUCAAGCACAACGUUGUCUCGUUGCUACCAUACACACACAAACUGCCCGAGGAGGUUGCUCGUCGCCGUGCCGAACACGGUCUUCGCGUCAAGGGUACUGGUGUUGGUCAGAAGGUCAAGGGAAAGAUGUGGGAACGCACUCUCAAGGGCAGAUUGGACCAGCGCGAGAAGGCUAUGGUUGCUAUGCCCGAGAUGAUCCGUCACUGGAAGGAGAGAGGUCACGGAAGAGGCUGGAAGAAGUGGCCCAAGAACUAG